GAAACAAAAUAGUACUUUCGGAAAUCGGAAUUUUAUUGUAGUUAAAAAAUUUAAAUAUUUGGUAGAAAUUAUUACAAUAAUGCUCUCAAUUGGAGCUUUAGCAAAUAUUAAACAUACUCUUCAAAGAGAAAUAUUUAAUGAAGGAGAUGAAAAGAUAUUAUCUAUAUGUACAGUGACUAAGGCAUUGAAAAAAAAGAAAGCUGCCGUGUAUUUAUGUAUUGUGUCAACAGCAGCUCCACAAUCUAUGGUAAAAAUUCAUCAAAUUAAACAACAAAAUGAAGGGGAUUUUAAAAAGAAACGGAGUUGGACCUUGCAAGAUUUGAAAUAUGUCGAUGGAAAAAAUGCUAACUUAAAAACGCAUGAAUUUGACAUUUACUUUGAAAAAGUUUUUAAAUGGUAUGCAAUAAAUUUACAUGAAAGACAAAAUUUCCUAACAGUGCUGCAUAAACAAGCAAUGAAAUAUGUUAAGAGUGGUGGCAAUAACAUUGAAUUUCGAAAUAUACCGGCUUCAUGGAUACAAGAUAAGUCUCCAGUUAAAACAAAGCCAGAAGAUAACUUCAAUGAAGUUCCAAAAUCUCCAGAUUCCAGUACAGAUGACGAAACAGAGGAUUUUCAUAUACUGACUGAAAAAGAAAUAUCGGAGCUUAACAGACUUGUAGAAGAAAGUGAAUUUGCUAUAAAAGAUGCUGAAUUAUUUAUUGAUCAAUUGGGGAAAAAACUGGGUGAACUAGAUGGAGCUAAUAUUCAGAGUGUUUUGGCAUCCGAAAAAAAAGUGUUUACGUUGAUGGAUGAAAUUGAGAAGGCAGUUAAGCAAGCAGACUCUUUUGAAAAACGUUUGGAUUCAUACGACGAAAUUCUAAGCCACGUUCGUGAAACAAUGGAAAAAAUCGGUGGCAAAAAUGCUAUGAUUGAAACAGCAAAUAACAACAAUAUAAAGUUGAUGACUGAGUUGAAUAAAGUUAUUUCGCAAUUUGAUCUGUCAUCUGCGAAUCAACACUGCCUAAGUGAACCCGAUUUAAAAACACAUAAUGGGCGCGUUGCAGCUAUAGAAGCUGGGAAAGCGCUACAGAAAGCUAUGAAUGGUAACAUCGAUUCAUCAUUAUACAGGCUAACUGCAGUUCAAGAUCAAAUAAAAAGGUUUGAGAAAUUGCGGGCUAAAUUUUCAUUAGCUAUUAGCAGGCAUUUAAAUAACUUAUUUAUACAUUUGGGAAAUGACCUGGGCGAUCAACAGCAACCUCAACAAAUCGAUCUUGCAUUAGGAAGCCAUAGUUCAGUACAUAAAGAAUUAAGAGGAUACACAGAAUUGAUGCAUUGGAUGAAAAUGAUGGGGAAUAAGGCAUAUGAUGGUUUGACAGAGGUUUAUACAAGUUCUUUGAGUAAAAUUUAUGAAAGAGAUUUACGAAUAUUUUUUGCACAGGCAAGACAAAAAUUAUCUAACAGACAUGAUAGUUCCAGGGAAGAUUUAGAUAGUUCUGUUAAAGGAAAAUCUUCAACAAAGCAAUUGGUUGUUCCUUAUGGUACCUUGGGAGUUCCCAAAGAUCAGUGGGCGCACUCUGUGGAGCGUACAGAUCGUAAAAAAUAUGACGAGAUAUUAGAAAAAGUUUUAACAGAAUUAGAACCGGUAGCUUUACAGGAGCAGCUAUUUUGCAUUGCGUUUUUCCAGUUAGAUGCUCAAACACCAGAGGUUGAUAAUUCUCCGAAAGAAAUACAAGAAAAACAAGUUAAGCAAAUUAAUGAAGGCGUCAGAAGUAUGAUGAUGAAACUAUUUAGCUCUUUGGAAAGAGAGCUUUUGACAUUUAUUCAAUGCCUCGAGCCUUUGGAUAGUUUCUAUUCGUUAUAUGUUUUGGUACGUUUAACUCAGCAUGUCAUGUCUGCGCAAGAUACUCAAUCGUUUUUAAGUAUGACUUUUGCUUCAGCUUUAGUUCAUGUUAAGCGCAACAUGGACAAAUUUAUGAUGCAACAAAUUAAAUCGAUACAGGAGUGUAAAGUUCCAAAGCGUUCCAAAUGUGGGAUUUUGCCCUAUGUUGAAAAUUUUGAAGAAUUUGCGAAUUCGACUGAAGAAAUAUUUCAAAAAUCUGAAAGACGCACUGAUAUGGAUAAGCACUAUAUAACUAUUGUUGAGACAAUAUUCGAAUCAAUUUCAAUUCAUGGAAAUGAACAUUCCAAAACACCAAUUCAAGUUAUAAAAAUGGAAAAUUACCAUCAUAUGUGGAAGUUAUUAGCUCAGUUAAGGAUUUCGGUUUUGGAUGACUUAAAGGAAGAUGCUAAAAUACGAUAUAAGGAUGCCCAAAAGCAGUAUGUUACAAAAUAUUUCGGCCGACCGCUUGAAAAACUAAACUUAUUUUUUGAAGGAGUUCAACAAAAAGUUGCGCAAGGCGUUAAAGAAACAGAAAUAAGUUAUCAAAUGGCAUUUUCAAAACAAGAAUUGCGAAAAGUAAUUAGUCAAUACCCAGCCAGAGAAGUAAAAAAAGGUCUUGAAAAUCUAUACAAAAAAGUUGAAAAACAUUUGUGUGAAGAAGAAAGCCUUUUACAAGUUGUUUGGCACGCAAUGCUAGAGGAGUUUAUUGCCCAGUAUAAAUUUUUGGAAGAGAAAAUCCAAAAGUGCUACGCUGGUGCAAUGAUAAAUUUAGAAUUUACCAUCGAUGAUAUUUUGACUUUCUUUUCAGAUAUUGCCAGGUCUCAUUAAUCAAUCAAAACUAUUUGAAUUAAUAGAAAAUUUAGUAAUACAUAAUUAUGUUAUUGACGUACAUACAUACAUCAUACAAGUCGAAAUUGUUCUUUAAAUUUAAAUAUGUUAAAAUUAAGUUACAUAGUUUUUGUAGUGCCUUUUGUUAAUUGUGAUAAAAAGUCAGUAUGAAUGUAAUAAAUUGU